AUGAGGAAAACGGGAGGAGUUCGAAGUCGUAGAAAAGAAGCACCGACACUAAUAUUAUUAACAUUAACGAAUAAUGAUUUUAAAGUAAGCGAAUUACAUUUAUAAGGAAAGAUUAUGAAAAUAUAUAUUUAUCUAUGUCUUCUGUGAAGAUAGAAAAUAGCACUCUCUCACUCUAUAUCGAUGAUAUCAGAAAAAAAGGGGAAAAAAUUGAAAUCCAUAAAGAUAAAAAACGCAGAAGUAGAUUAGAGGGAAAAAUGAAAGGAUUCGCACUGUACACAACACAUGAUACGAUCGACGAAAAACCGAUGAAAUUUGUUAAAUAUCUUUGUACAUAUUUACAUAAAAAAAAAAAAAUCAUCAAAAGAAAAAGUUCCAGUGGCUAUGUUUUAUCUACUAUAAAGUAUUCUGACGAGAACAAAAAGUUCAUUUAUUGUAAUUCGUAAACUCUUUCGGAAUUAAAAAACGCUACAAUAUUUUCGUCCGUAUUUUCAUAGAGACUCGUGUAUAAGAACUAUUUGUUUAGUGAUUAAAAUUAUAAUAAUAAAAUAGUUGGAAUGUUAAUAUAUUUUAAUUGAAUAGUUAUUCGUUCGAACGAUAUUGAACUUUUUAAAUUAAACUUUUUGAAAUUACUAUCUCUAUGAAAUGUACUCGACUGUAAUUCUUACUGUUCCUUUCUACGAAAAUGGAAAACGCACUGAUCUAUAUUUGCAAUUUAUAUUUCUUCAUAUCCUGGAACUGCCAUAUCAAAGAAUUGAGCUUGAGUAUAAAAAAUGAUUAAGUGAAAUACUGAUCAGAGAGAAUGGGAUCUACCUGUGUAUAUUAUCAUGAAUAAAACGAAACGAGGAUCAAAGUAGUUGAUUUAACAAGUAAAUAAAGAACGAAAUGAUAUAUCAUUAAAUUAGAGGUUUAAAAAUAUAAUAGAAUUCAGUAUAUGUACAGUAUUUGAAAAACAUGUUUAUAAUUUGUAUGGAAAAUAAAUAAUUGAUAUAAAAGGAAAUUGUACCCUUUUAACUACUCUUUCAACUGAUUUACUCAACAAAAUUAGUUCUGUUUUAAAUUAAUUCCAUAUUUUACAAUUCCCAACACGUAGUUUUAAUAAUUUCAUUUCAUUUUACUUUAAUUCACGUUUUAAAUAAUUAUAAUUUUUUCUUCAAAACAAAUUAUUAUAUUUCUUAUCGAUUAAAUGAAUUUUUGAUUUUUCAUUGAAUUGUAUAUUUUAUUUAUUUGCAAUAAAAUUAUACGGACAGAAAGAGUAGAAAUAUUCAAAUAUUUAAAUAAAAGCGCGCUAAUUUAAAUGAGUAUGAUUUAAAUAGGCAUACGCGCGCGCGCGCGCGUGUGUAUGUGUGGAAUUACAAAUAUACCUAUAUGUAUGAAAUAUGAAUACGAUAGUUAAACAAUUUUUUUCUCAAGUUCAAUUUAAUAUUACAUAUUAUUUAAACUUGUAAAUCUACAAUAUGACGUAAUUUCAAAUUUUGAAGCAAAUAGCACAAAAGUAAGUUUUUUGAAAGCUCCACGUGCAUUAUUUUUAUAGAGUUGCCGAAAGCAAGUUUUCCAUAGGAUGACCACUGUAAAUUUAGAAAAUUUCUACAAAAGAGCAGCCGAAGCGGUAAGUUGUACUAUUAAUUUAUAUUUAUUAUUUAAAAGAUUCAUUAGAUUCACGAAAUCUUUGAGAUUGUUAGCUAACUUUUGUAGGUUAUAAUGUUUGCAUAUGGACAUUGCAGGAAGAAGAGAUAGCUUUUUUAAAAAAGGAGAUUGAGCUUUUGCGACAAAAUGUUAAGACUAAUAAUUCUAUGGUAAAUUCUGUAUCUAUGGAUGAAUAUGUAAAGUUAGAACAGGAAAAUAUCAAACUGAGACACAGAGUGGCUAUCCUAAAAAGGACCGUUGAAGCUGAAAGAGCAAAGUCUGAAAACAAAUUGAAAAUGUUGGAAAACAAUGCAAUCAGUUUAUAUGAUACACUGUUUGAUUUAUUUAAAAAGGCAAUCUCAGUCGCGUAUCCUGAUGUUUGUGAUCCUCCAAUAAUUAUAAUAUCUAAUAAUAAUGAAAGAUUUGGAGAUUAUCAGUGUAAUAGUGCUAUGGCACUUUCUAAACAACUCAAAAAUGAUGGAAUUACGGCAAAACCAAGAGACGUUGCAGAGAACAUCGUGUCCAAAGUAGAAGAAUCAAAUUUAAUUUCCAAGUUGGAAGUUGCUGGAGCAGGUUUUAUAAAUAUAUAUUUGAGAAAAGAAUUUGCACAAAAGACCUUAAACGUUUUAGUGAAAAAUGGAAAGAUAUUACCACCAUAUACAAAAAAGCAAAAAGUGAUUGUAGAUUUUUCUAGUCCUAAUAUUGCUAAAGAAAUGCACGUUGGACAUUUAAGAUCUACUAUAAUUGGAGACAGUAUUGCAAGGUUGUUAGAGUUUCUAGGGCAUGAUGUGUUGAGGAUAAAUCACGUUGGUGAUUGGGGUACUCAAUUUGGAAUGUUAAUAGCUCAUCUUCAAGAUAGGUUUCCUGAUUAUUUGUCUAUAUCUCCACCUAUCGCAGAUCUCCAAAGUUUCUAUAAGGAAUCAAAGGCAAGAUUCGAUGCAGAUGAAGAAUUUAAAAAGCGCGCUUAUAAUUGUGUUGUUAAGUUACAAGCAUCUAAUCCAGACAUGAUAAAAGCAUGGCAAUUGAUUUGUGAUGUUUCUAGAAAAGAAUUCGAAAAGAUAUAUACCCGACUAGAUAUUAAGUUGAUAGAAAGAGGAGAAUCUUUUUAUCAAAAGCAUAUGGAAGCUAUAGUGAAAGACUUGGAAGCUAAAGGAUUGUUAGAAGAAGACGAAGGACGAAAAGUAAUGUUUAGUAAACGCGAUAACGAAAUACCUCUAACCAUUAUAAAAUCUGACGGUGGUUUUACUUAUGAUACAUCCGAUAUGGCAGCUAUUAAACAGCGUGUAGAAGAAGAAAAAGUAGAUUGGGUAAUAUAUGUAACAGAUGCUGGUCAAUCUAUGCAUUUUCAAGUAUUAAAACAUUGCGCUGAACGAGCUGGAAUUUUAAAAAGUUGUCAUAGAAUAGACCACGUUGGAUUUGGCGUAGUUCUUGGUAAUGAUAAAAAGAAAUUUAAAACCAGAUCUGGCGAAACAGUAAAAUUAAGUGACUUACUUGAUGAAGGUUUGAAGAGAACACUCGAGAAACUCAAAGAAAGAGAACGUGACAAAGUACUUACCGAGGAAGAGUUAAAAAUCGCUCAAGAAUCCAUUGCUUAUGGAUGUAUAAAAUAUGCUGAUUUAUCGCAUAAUAGAAAUCACGAAUACGUCUUUUCUUUUGAUAAAAUGUUGGAAGAUAAAGGUAAUACUGCCGUAUACUUGUUAUACGCUUUAACAAGAAUACGCUCUAUUGCAAGGACUGCUAACAUCUCGCAAGAAAAAUUACGUGAAAUGGCAGAGAAUAUUCCAAUUUCAUUGGAACAUGAGAAGGAGUGGAAGUUAGCCAAAGUAUUAAUUAAAUUUCCCGAUGUAUUAAUUAAAAUUACGAACGAUUUAUAUUUACAUCACCUAUGUGAGUUUUGUUAUGAAAUUUCAUGCGUUUUCACGGAAUUUUAUAAUAACUGUUAUUGCCUUGAAAAGAAUGAUCUUGGAGAAAUAGUAAACGUGAAUAUGAGUCGCAUCUUAUUAACUGAAGCUACCGCGAUUAUAAUGGAACAAUGUUUCUCAAUAUUAGGUUUAAAAUCAGUUGCACAUAUGCAGCAGAUAGAAAGGGAACAUUCAAAGUAGAAUAUCUCCAGAAAAUUGAGAAAGAUGUGCAAGAAAAGUGGGCUUCUGAAAAAGUAUUUGAAGUAGAUGCACCUUUGCAACCAAAAAAAAAUUCUGAUGAAAAGUUUUUUACAACAUUUCCUUUUCCUUACAUGAAUGGAAGACUUCAUCUUGGUCAUACAUUUUCAUUAUCAAAAUGUGAGUUCGCAAUACGGUACAAUCGUCUCUUAGGGAAGAAAGUCCUUUUUCCAUUUGGCUUUCAUUGUACUGGUAUGCCUAUUAAAGCAUGUGCCGAUAAACUAAAAAGAGAAAUGGAAUUGUAUGGUUAUCCACCACAGUUCCCUAAUGAAGAAAAGAUUGAGGAAAUUGUAGAAGAUAUAGUAAUAAAAGAUAAAAGCAAAGGAACAAAAAGUAAAGCAAUUGCAAAAACUACCACUGCAAAAUAUCAGUGGCAAAUCAUGCAAACACUUGGUUUGAAAGAUGAGGAUAUCAAAGAAUUCGCUGAUGCUACAUAUUGGUUGGACUAUUUUCCGCCUCUUGCUGUGAAAGAUUUAAAAUCAAUUGGGAUACAUGUGGAUUGGCGCAGAACAUUUAUUACAACUGAUGCAAAUCCAUUUUUCGACUCAUUUGUACGUUGGCAAUUUCAACAUUUAAAGACUAGGAACAAAAUAAAAUAUGGAAAGAGAUAUUCAAUCUACUCACCAAAAGAUGGGCAACCUUGUAUGGACCAUGAUAGAUCAACUGGAGAAGGUGUAGGACCACAAGAGUAUACAUUAAUUAAAAUGAAAUUACGAAAACCUUAUCCUCCAAGUUUAAAAUCUCUUUCUGAUAAACCAGUUUAUUUAGUAGCUGCUACUUUGAGACCAGAAACAAUGUACGGUCAAACAAAUUGUUGGGUUCAUCCUGAUAUAAAUUACACUGCUUGUACAUUGUCAAAUGGAGAUGUUUAUAUUUCAACAGAAAGAGCAGCUAGAAAUAUGGCUUACCAAGAUUUCUUUGAAGAGGAGGGAAAGAUACCAGUUACAUUAAAACUUACUGGAAAAGAUAUAUUAGGAUUAUCACUGGAAGCGCCUCUUACAUUUAAUAAAGUGAUUUAUACAUUGCCAAUGUUGACCAUUAAAGAAAAUAAAGGUACUGGAAUUGUUACCUCUGUACCUAGCGACUCCCCUGAUGAUUAUGCAGCUUUAAUAGAUCUGAAAAAGAAGCAAGCUCUCAGAGAAAAGUAUGGUAUAACUGACGAAAUGAUACCUGUUCUCGAAAUACCUGAUUUCGGCAAUUUAGCUGCAGUAUUUUUAUACGAUAAAUUAAAAAUCCAAUCUCAAAAUGAUACAACUAAACUGCUUGAAGCCAAAGAAAUGGUAUAUCUAAAAGGAUUUUAUGAUGGUGUACUGCUAGUUGGUCCACAUAAAGGAAAAAAAAUUCAAGAUGUUAAAAAACUAAUACAGAAACAAUUGAUAAAUGAAGGAAAAGCAGUUAUAUAUUAUGAACCUGAGAAAACUGUAAUCUCAAGAUCAAAUGAUGAAUGUGUAGUAGCUUUGUGCAACCAAUGGUAUCUAGAUUAUGGUGAAGAAACUUGGAAAAAAGAAACGACAGAGGCUUUAAAUAAUUUGAAUACUUUUCAUGAUGAAGUGAGGAAAAAUUUUAUGGCCUGUCUUGAUUGGUUACAUGAGUAUGCAUGUUCAAGAACUUAUGGACUUGGUAGUAAAUUACCAUGGGAUGAAAGUUGGUUGAUAGAAUCACUCUCAGAUUCAACAAUAUAUAUGGCUUACUACACUAUAGCACAUUUAUUACAAGGAGGAAGUUUCAAAGGCGAUAAACCAAAUACUUACAACAUAAAGGCUCACGAGAUGACAUCUGAAGUCUGGGAUUAUAUAUUUUUCAAAGAUGCAAAGUUCCCAAAAACUAAUAUAAAGAAAGAGGCAUUAAAUCAUUUGCGACGUGAAUUUAAUUAUUGGUAUCCAGUAGAUUUACGAGUAUCUGGGAAAGAUCUAGUACAAAAUCAUCUAACAUUCUUCAUUUAUAAUCACACUGCAAUAUGGCCUAAACAACCUGAACUAUGGCCAAAAGGUAUCAGAGCAAAUGGUCAUUUGCUUUUAAAUUCAGCAAAGAUGUCUAAAUCAGAGGGAAAUUUCUUAACACUUUCUGAAGCUGUAGAAAAGUUCUCUGCAGAUGGUAUGCGACUUUGUUUAGCCGAUUCUGGUGAUUCAAUAGAAGAUGCCAAUUUCGUAGAAAGCAUGGCCGAUGCUGGAAUUCUUAGACUAUAUAAUCUUAUUGAAUGGGUUAAAGAAGUAUUGGCCUUGAAAGAUACCUUUAGACAAGGAAAACCAUCUACAUUUAACGACAAAGUUUUCGAAAGUGAGAUGAACUUGAAAAUACAAGAAACCGGAGAAAGUUAUUCGAAAAUGUUAUAUAAAGAAGCACUGAGAACAGGAUUCUUUGAACUGCAAGCAGCAAAGGACAAAUACCUACAGUUGAGUGCUCUAGAUGGUAUUAAUUGGAUAUUAAUUGUGAGAUUCAUAGAACUUCAAAUUAUUCUCCUAUCCCCAAUUUGUCCGCAUGUAGCAGAAUAUGUGUGGACACUAAUUGGCAAAGAAGGUAGCAUAUUAAAUGCUAAAUGGCCUCAAGUAGAAGAAAUAGAUGAAAUUCUUAUAAAAUCAUCACAAUAUCUUAUGGACGCUGCCCAUUCGUUUAGGAUUCUCUUAAAAAAUUAUUUGGCGCCGAAGAAAGGACCCAAAGGGAAAGGUGAAACGUCAUUUAUACAGAAACCUACUCACGGUAUAAUUUGGGUAGCUAAAACAUAUCCUCCUUGGCAAAGUACUAUUUUAACUGCAAUGAAAGAUUUAUACCUUAAAAAUGAUAAUAAACUACCAGAAAAUAAAAUUAUUGCAUCAGAAUUGGGAAAACUACAAGAAUUAAAAAAACAUAUGAAGCGAGUAAUGCCAUUUGUACAAGUUAUGAAAGAGAAAAUGCAACUUCUAGGGUUAAGUGCACUAAAUUUAACAUUAGAUUUCGAUGAGUUUAAAGUUCUCCAAGACAAUAAAAAAUAUCUUGAAAAUACACUAGAUUUAGAGGACAUCGUGAUAAAGUAUACGAAUGAAGCUCCAGAAAAAACGAAGGAAGAAUGUUGUCCAGGUGUUCCUUAUAUGAAUUUUUCUACUAAAGAAGGACUACCAAUAUGCGUCAUAAAUCCACAAAAGUACAGUGGUUUAUUUAGAAUAAACAUUAAAAUAACUGAUGCAGAUACUGUAGAGGAUAUCAUAUCUCAAAUAUUAAAAGAAAAUAAAGUAAUAAAAAAUUCAUCAUCAGUUUCUCUAUAUCGCUACGAUGAUCCUAUAUUAGGACCUAGGAGUAAAUCUACAGUGGAUAAUAUAUUAAAAGGUAAAACUCAAAUUCCAUCCAAUUCUGUAUUUAACGUUAAUAUGGAAAACAAAAAUGUUAAUGUAAAUGUAGGAGGAAGUGUACAUAAUAUAGGUAAUGAAUUGAUUUAUAUUCUCCAAUCUUUGGAGAAUUGAUAUAUAAAUAUUAUGCAUUGCGUAUAACUUAUUAAUACAAAUAUUUAUGUAUGACUUUUCGUAUUGAUAAUAAUAUUCUGAAAGUACAUACAGUACUGAAAUAUAUAUUUGUUUUAUUCUUUAGAUAACAAAUUUCAUCUUUUAUAA